GCCCGCGACGGCCCCGCCACUCCACCCCCGGGAGCCCAGCGCGGCCCCGGGAGAGCCCGAGGCCCCGGCGGGCCCGAGCCCGCGCCCCCGCCCCCUCCAGCCCCUUUCCCCGAGCCCGACAGCGCCCCCAGGGGGUGGCACGGCGCCCCGCGCGCCCCAGGGUGCUUCCCCUUCCCCUCUCCCGGGCCAUGGCCCCCGCGGCUUAGACGCCUCCUCCGCUGCCGCCGCUCGGAGCAAGCCCGGGGGGGCCGGAUGGAUGGGGCCGGGGGGCCCGACGAGGGCCCUGCUCAGCAGGCCCUGCAGUCCCUGAGCCGGCGGCUCCAGGUGCAGGAGAAGGAGAUGGAGCUGGUCAAGGCAGCCCUGGCGGAAGCCCUUCGCCUGCUUCGGCUGCAGGCGCCCCCCAGCUCCCUGCAGGCGCCCCCCAGCUCCCUGCAGGAUCCUGGCCUGACAGCUCCCACCAGGGCCAGCCCUGCAGCCCCCGCCGGACUGCCGCCCUCGUGCAGCCCCUCCUUGGUGAGCCGAGGCACCCAGACGGAGACAGAGCUGGAGAUGGAGGCAUCCCCUGGGCCCCCCGGCCUGAGCAAUGGGCCCCCCGCCCCUCAGGGGGGCAGUGAAGAGCCCAGUGGAACCCAGUCUGAAGGAGGGGGCAGCAGCAGUGGCGCUGGCUCCCCUGGGGGCGCUGGCUCCCCUGGGGGCGCUGGCUCUCCUGGGGGCGCUGGCUCCCCGGGCAUCCUCAGGCUCGUACAGCCCCCCCAGUGCACCGACACGGCGCGGAGGAACUCCUCUUCGUCCCCCUCGGAGCGGCCUCGGCAGAAACUCUCCCGGAAGGCAGCGUCCUCGGCCAACCUGUUACUGCGGUCAGGGAGCACUGAGAGCCGUGGGGGGAAAGACCCCCUCUCCAGCCCUGGGGGUUCGGGAUCUCGGAGGAGCAAUUACAAUUUGGAAGGCAUCUCAGUGAAGAUGUUCCUUCGCGGCCGCCCAAUUACCAUGUACAUCCCAUCUGGCAUCCGCAGCCUUGAGGAGCUGCCCAGCGGCCCACCCCCGGAGACCCUCAGCCUUGACUGGGUUUAUGGGUACCGGGGUCGUGACUCCCGCUCUAAUCUCUUUGUGCUGCGUUCUGGGGAGGUGGUCUACUUUAUCGCCUGUGUGGUGGUGCUGUACCGGCCUGGGGGAGGCCCAGGGGGUCCUGGAGGUGGCGGCCAGAGACAUUACCGGGGCCACACGGACUGCGUGCGAUGCCUGGCCGUCCACCCGGAUGGUGUUCGUGUGGCCUCAGGACAGACAGCCGGAGUGGAUAAGGAUGGAAAGCCCCUGCAGCCCGUGGUGCACGUGUGGGACUCGGAGACGCUGCUGAAGCUGCAGGAGAUCGGACUGGGGGCCUUCGAGCGGGGCGUGGGGGCCCUGGCCUUUUCCGUGGUGGACCAGGGUGCUUUCCUCUGCGUGGUGGAUGAUUCCAACGAGCACAUGCUGUCCGUGUGGGACUGCAGCCGCGGCACGAAGCUGGCUGAGAUCAAGAGCACGAAUGACUCAGUCCUGGCUGUCGGCUUCAGCCCUCGCGACAGCGGCUGCAUCGUCACCAGCGGGAAGUCCCACGUCCACUUCUGGAACUGGAGCGGCGCCGUGGGGGUCCCUGGGAAUGGGACCCUCACGCGGAAACAGGGUGUCUUUGGGAAAUACAAGAAACCCAAGUUUAUCCCUUGCUUCGUGUUCCUGCCGGACGGAGACAUCCUCACUGGGGACUCCGAGGGGAACAUUCUCACCUGGGGGCGGAGCCUCUCAGACGCCAAGACCCCGGGCAGGGGCGGAGCCAAAGAGACCUAUGGGAUCGUGGCUCAGGCCCACGCCCAUGAAGGUUCCAUCUUUGCCCUGUGUCUUCGGCGGGACGGGACUGUGCUGAGUGGCGGCGGGCGGGACCGGCGGCUGGUACAGUGGGGGCCUGGUUUGGUGGCCCUCCAGGAAGCUGAGAUUCCUGAACACUUCGGGGCCGUGCGGGCCAUCGCGGAGGGGCUGGGCUCCGAGCUGCUGGUGGGGACCACGAAGAACGCGCUGCUGCGAGGAGACCUGGCCCAGGGCUUCUCCCCCGUGAUCCAGGGCCACACGGACGAGCUCUGGGGGCUGUGCACACACCCCUUCCAGAACCGCUUCCUCACCUGCGGCCAUGACCGCCAGCUCUGCCUGUGGGAUGGGGCGGCCCACGCGCUGGCCUGGAGCAUCGACCUCAAGGAGACGGGCCUCUGUGCUGACUUCCACCCCAGCGGGGCGGUGGUGGCUGUGGGACUGAACACGGGGAGGUGGCUGGUUUUGGAUACGGAGACCAGAGAGAUCGUGUCUGACGUCACCGAUGGCAAUGAGCAGCUCUCAGUGGUUCGGUACAGCCCAGAUGGGUUGCACCUGGCCAUUGGUUCCCAUGACAACAUGAUCUACAUCUAUAGUGUUUCCAGUGAUGGCGCCAAGUCCAGCCGCGUUGGCCGCUGUGUGGGUCACUCCAGCUUUAUUACUCACCUUGACUGGUCCAAGGAUGGGAAGUUCAUCAUGUCCAAUUCUGGGGACUAUGAGAUCCUUUACUGGAACGUGGCUGCAGGCUGCAAGCUGGAGAGGAAUCGCUAUGACAGCCGAGACCGGGAGUGGGCCACCUACACCUGCGUGCUAGGCUUCCACGUGUACGGCGUGUGGCCAGAUGGCUCGGACGGCACGGACAUCAACUCGCUCUGCCGCUCCCACAACGAGCGCGUGGUGGCCGUGGCCGACGACUUCUGCAAAGUGCACCUCUUCCAGUACCCGUGCGCGCGCGCCAAGGCGCCCAGCCUCGUGUACGGCGGCCACGGCAGCCACGUGACCAGCGUCCGGUUCACUCACAACGACUCGCACCUCAUCUCGCUGGGCGGCAAGGACGCUAGCAUCUUCCAGUGGCGAGUGCUGGGCGCCGGGGGCUCGGGGCCGGCGCCCGCCACGCCCUCUCGAACCCCCUCUCUGUCCCCGGCCUCGUCUCUGGACGUCUGACAGCUGCGGAACGGGACCCACGGGCCCUGCCGCUCGGCUCCGCCCCAGGACUCGGGGCCGACCUCUUCCUCGACUUGGAGACAUUCCCAAUCGCGCAUUCCCCGGGAGGGGGCGACCAGCACCCCAGCACACACUGUACAGACCCGCUGGCUGAGCCGGGCAGCCCCAGCCUGGGCCCCGACCCCCGCUGCCUGCUGAGGGGCAAUAAACCAAAAGCAAAGUC